AUGCUCGCAUCCCGCCUCUUCCAAAUAGCUGCCAUUGUCGCCCCGGUUUCCGCCGAUAUUGUGUCUGCGACCUUCGAUACUAUCUACGAUGACCCUUCUCGAUCCUUAAGCGAAGUCGCCUGCUGGAGAAAGCCCACCGGAUUCAUGCCCAACCUCGAUUGGAAGCUUCAACAAGACGCAGUUGGGUUCAUUGGUGUAGACAGCAUCACUCGCCUGAAGUCUUCGAAGUGUUUCUCUUGUUGGACACUCGAAUACAACGACAAAAGUAUAUCGCUCCUUGCUCUCGACGGCGCCGAUUCCGGAAUUGUGAUGUCUCUCAGCGCUUUACAAUUUCUCACAGAUGGACGAGCCCACGAGCUGGGUCGCGUCGAUAUACAUGCCACCGAAGUGGACACAUCGAAGUGCGGGCUACCGGCAAAAAUACUACACGCAUACGACUUUUGA